AUGGUAGGACAUUCCGGCAAAAAGAAAGGAUUACAUUAUUCUCCUUUUGGAGAAAAAUCAAAAGAAGCAGCCAAGCGACUCUUUAGCAAACGCAGGAGCUGCAAAUCACUUAAAAAUUUAUUUGAGCAAGAGUCUUUGUCCAUACAAGAAUCCUGUUCUGUUAUUGCUUCUCUACAACACAACGAAUUUGCAUACGAGUCUAAUUAUUCAGUUAAUAAAUCUCCAAAUAAAAGAUUAAAACUUCGAGAACAUGUUGAUGCUAACAAGUUUAUUAAAUUUGAUUCUCCCAACAUUAACCAGAAUUUAUUGCCACCUGAUUGGGAUGAUUCAGAUGCGCGUUCUGCCUUCGAUUUACCAAAUAUGAUUGAUAAAGCAUAUGUAAAGCUAGUCGAAAAACAAUUUAAUGAUUUUCCAAUCGAUUUUUCUCACCUAAAUUGUCAUAGUCAAGCUAACGAUAAAACUAGUCUAGUGGCGACGACUUCGCAAAGUAACAGUAAAUCUACUUCGUUAAAUCUGCCAAAUGAUUUACGUUUGGGAACGAAAUUGAGAAUUAUUUCAGAAUUGCCUUUUCCGUGGAUGGAAAGCAUAACUUCUUCAGGUGUUUAUCCUCUCGAUCCACACAUUUUAUCCGAUCAUUUCGAUAAAGCAAUGGAUUUAACAAGAAAAUUUGACAAUUUUUCUCCAUUUAUUUCUGCAAAUUCUUUUGAUCCAUUGGUUUAUCUUCAAUCUGCCGCUAUUUAUUAUCAGUUUCCAUCCAUUGGUUCUGUUCAAUUAUAUCCUCGAAGAAAUGUUGGGACAAAAAGUACUCUGAAAAGUGCAAAUUUACAAUCAAUUGAACCAAAUUUUAUUGAGUCUUUAAAAACUAAUUGGUUUGUUAAAGAUAUCAAGUUUUUAUAUAUUUUUCUUUCUAUCAGGAAUGAAUCGUUUAAAUUUUUAUUCAAUCGCUGGAUUGAUGGUAACCGCAGAUUUUUCUACCUUUGUUCGACACAAUUUACCGUUAUUUUUAUUAAUUUAUAUAAUAAAAAUUUGUCUUCAUUAAAUUCACCUAUUUCACAAUUAAAAACACCACAAAAGAAUAAUUGUGAAGCUUCUCCUCUUAACAAAAAUCCAACACCAAAAAGAAAAAGAACCCCAAUGAAGAAUACUACAAAUAUUUAUCAAUCUCCAAAUAAAAAUUUUGCAAAUCUGGGAACCUCAAAUUUUAAAAAUAAUUUUCAAUCAAGAAUUGUUAUAACACCGACGACUUCAGGUUUCAGACAGAUUCUGCAGAAAAAUGGUAUUCAUUUUACACGUCAUUUCAAGUCAGAAUAUAUUGAUUUAACUCGAGAGGAAUCCCCUAAAGAUUUUUUACCCAAUGAAGAAGAUUGUACAGCAGAGCUAGAUCACAAAGAGUGGCUAGAAAAUAUGGGAAUUUCUUCUAAAGGAAGUUUUCGAUUAAGACAAAAUGCCUCAGAAUUUGAUUCGUCAGAUUUAAGUUUGUCUUCUAAUCGUUUGCCAACUACUGAAACUACUCGAAUGAGUACACACGGAUCACCUCCCACAGACCCUUUGCAUUCUGCAAUUGUGAUAAAAGGAGCGAAAGAUGCUGCAGCUUUUCACAAUUUACUUUUAAGUCAGCCACAAUUAGUCUGCACAAAAACUGGCCCGCAAAAUGGACUUCCUCCCACACUAAUUGCACAUUCCCCUUUUAGACAUUCUGUUUUAAAUGAACUUUCGAUGACUUCGCAACUAGUCAAAAAAUCUGCCAAAGUUAAAUAUAUUCUAGAGUUAGAACAUGGACCAAUUCUUCCUACUGCAGUUGAAUUUAUUUUCCAAUUUAUCAAAAACACUUUCAAUUCAAAUACAACAAAUUUAUUACAACUUCAUGUAACUGGUCGCAAUCAUUGCAAUGGGAUAAACGAAGCUUUGGAAAAAGAAAAGUCUUCAAUAAUUGCGCCAACUAAUUUUAAUGAAUUGGAAUGGGAUGGAAAUAAAUUUGUAUUUUGCUGA